AUGUUGAGAUUGGAAAGGUUUCCCGAACUAUGGUUUGAGGAUGGGAACGUUGUCUUUCAAACGGAAACAGGGGAAUUCAGGGUAUAUCGGGGCAUUCUCGCUGCUAGAUCCUCUGUGUUCAGGAAUAUGCUGUCGAUCCCCUAUCCCCGUUCAUCUUUUACACAAGCAAUACAAGAUGACGAACAGGCGAUCCGCCUUCCUGACUCUGCCCAAGAAAUUCGCUCCCUCUUUUCUGCGAUUUUCGAUUCCUCCUUUUUUGAACGACCACCAGUCAAAGCACGUCUAAGCGUAGUAUUGGCAAUCGCUCGUAUGGGUCAUAAAUACGACGUCGCGUAUCUUCUAGACCGCGCCCUAGAACACCUCGCCAUCUCGUACCCACGGACGCUCGAUAAUUGGGAUAAACGAGAUUACAUGCGGAGCAUCAUACAUGAGGUUAAACACGGUGUUACAAACAAUCUCAGCGUCCUCAACACGGCUCUUCAAAUAAACGCAACGACGAUCCUCCCAGCGACCUUCUACGCCUGCGCCAGACGCGAUCUGAAGGACGUACUGGAUAACAGGGGGUGGUGUAAAUUAGGGGAAAGGCAUAAACGGCAGUUCCUCUUGGGGUACGUGAAGCAGACUUCGGCUUGCAAGGCUUUCCACAGAUUUCUUCGAUGGCCAGAGGACGAGGACUGUCAGGAACCAUCAAAAUGUGAGCGGAAAUCAAGGGCUUGGGAGGCAUCGAACGAGGACUGGUUCGACCAUGAUCCGCUGGAGAUAUGGGAUAAUUGGGAUAAAAUGGCGGUGGACCUUUGUGGACCAUGCAUUUUGGGUUGUAAGGAGCAAUAUCUGAUUGCUCGUCAAGAAUUCUGGGACUCCAUCCCGGAGUUGUUUGGGUUGUCGGGAUGGGGGGCAGCUGAGGAGAUGGAUCAAACAACGGCGGACUCUACGUGA